CUUGGGAGCAGAUGAUCUCUAACGCUAGCUUGUAGUCCUCUACAGGCUAAACUAGCUGAGUUAUCUGGCUUCCACAGCUGGAUAAAUCCACAUCGCUGUUACCCGCUAUCAUUUGAGAGGACUCCACCAUCUGGCGAGAUCAUGGCAGAUUUCUCGCUCGCAGAUGCUUUAGGAGAUGACACGCCGAGCCAGGCUAAGAAAAUGGGAAACACCAACCCAUCGGCCCCAGCUGGGAAUCCUCCACCCGCUGUGAACCCAGGAUGGCCCGGUUCAGCCCCCGGAGCUCCCACCCAGCCCUCCGCCCCGAGUGAUUACGCUGGGGGAUCUUCUGGCCCAGGGGCACCCGGGCAGUUCCCAUUCCCCUCAGGUCCUGGAGCACCAGGGCAAUAUCCAGGACCUCCAUCAGCACCUGGUGGGUUUCCUGCUGGCCCUGGGAUUCCUGGACAAUAUCCACCUGCACCAGGGGCUCCAGGGCAGUUCCCUUCCAGCCCCGGAGCUCCUGGGCAGUUUCCUGGGCAGUACCCAUCUGAAGGUUCUCCAGGACAGCUGCCCGGAGGUCCUGCUCCUUACCCAUCUGGACCAUUUCCCUCUGGCCCUGGAGCUCCACCUGGGCAUUAUCCAAAUGUGCCUUUCCCAGGUGGUCAGCCAGGAGGAGGCAAUGGGAUGUACGGACCAGGUGGUCCAGGCGCUUUCCCCCCUCCAGCUGGCCCCGGUUCUUUCCCUGCAUUCCCUUCUGGUGGCUUCCCCCCAAUACCCCCUGGAUCAUGGGGACCACACGCAGGCGGCGGCUUCCCUCCAGCCCCUGGCCCCUUCGGUCCUGGUCCUGGGCCAAUGGGUCCGUAUGGUGGCGCAGCUCCAGGAGGCAUGCUGAUGGUGCCGUAUGAUCUCCCACUACAUGCUGGAAUCAUGCCUCGACUUUUAAUCACAAUCGUUGGGGAGCCUGUUCCUGGUGGAGACAGGUUCAAUGUCGAUUUCAUGAGAGGUCAAGAUGUCGUCUUUCACUUCAAUCCUCGAUUUCAUGAGCAAACUAUUGUUAGAAACUCCAACCUGGGAGGCUGUUGGGGGCCAGAGGAACGGGAAGGAGGCUUCCCAUUCGUUCAGGGCCAACGUUUUGAGCUGAAGAUCCUGGUGGAGGACGACAUGUUCAAAGUGGCGGUGGAUGGCACCCACCUGCUGGAGUACGAGCACAGAGUGGGCGGGCUGGAGGAAGUUAACCUGGUGCGAGUGUGCGGAGACAUCGACCUCUACAGCGCAGCGCCGAGCAUGAUCUGAAUUUUCAAGAGCUACUAAACCAGAUGCUGCACGGGAGACCUGGGUCAAACUUUACAGCUGUAUUUGAAAUCAUUUCAAAUACUUUGAUGCAUUUGAUGGAAUUUGCAAAGCGCAGUAGUCAGGAAAGUGCAGCCUUUGCCCACCUGGCACUUCUUUACUUAUCACAGAACAGAUGGCACAUUAACCCAGGUCGGCACAAUAUAAUCCUUUUCUUUUUUUUUCUGCUGGAUGAUGUCUCAUUUUAUAACCACUUACAGUCCAUUAUAUUUUGUGACAUAACAGUAUCUACGUAGUGAAUGAGGUAAAAGGACAUCUGAAACAUGUAGAUGUUACAAAUAGAUACAAAUUUAUACUUAUUAUGAUUGUUGAGGAAGUGGAAAAGUAUGAUAUGUCCCAAACAUUUCAUAUAUUUUCCACUCGUAUGCUGUAUUUUGUUUACAGUACGUGAUUGUUAAUUAUAGUUCAAUCAAAACCUUGAUAAGCCUUUAUAAUGCAUGAGAGUGUGAUGCUGAUAAUCAACUUAGUCUCCUCUCCGUCAUCUUAUUCCAGUUCUGGACGGCACUUAAAGGAUUCACUAGCCUGUAGACGAAUGACGAAGUUUCUUAAAAUGUAUUUAUAUACUGACAUAGACCUUCUCCUUUCUUCAGUAUUAAUCCUGCUGUGCUCUCAGGCUGGAGGGUCGCACGGUGUCUUACUAAAUAUGAUUUCAUGUUGAAGUCAAAUCUAAUAGUAAAGAAAAAGAGAGAGGCUCAAAUUAAAGUGAAUAGUUGGAAGCAGGAGGUAUGGGGUCUCUUGAUUUGUUGCCAAAGAUAACAGUGAUACAGUAUUUUCAGAGUAUGUGCUUAUAAAUAAAGAGGCAACAAACAACGAA